AUGAAUAUCGACAUCUCUAUGGUGCACUUCAAAGAAAUUUUAUAAAUGUUUUGGAAAUGAUAUUUUCUCGAUAAAAAUCGUUAAUUUGUUUGUUUAUUUUUUUUGUGUAGAUAGGAAAUAAGUUAAUAGAGAUGGCGCAACCUAAUCAAGUGAAUUUGGAUAUAGAGGAAGAGACUUCUGCUGAAGGAACUCCGCGAAAUAGUGCUUUACAUAGACUGGACUCGAUUUCCAGACCAGUGCCCCAGAAUAGAAAUAACUUAGGCCUUGGGGACCGGCUUAACAGUGUCUUCAGAGAAAUCAGACCUCUAGUCGAACACGCUCGAAUGGGAAAUAAUGCUAGAUUAUCACUUCCUACAUGGUUACCAAGAAAUGCACCAGGUACACAUCAAAUAGAGAGAAAUGGAGAGAGCAGUAUACAAAGACCUCAAAGCUCAAUAGCACAUGUCAAUUUGGGACCCAGUUCUCAGACUUACGUAGUGACAGACCGAUGUACUCCUCCAACACAAAGGACUCAGUCUACAACUCAUGGCUUAAGUCACAGUCCAUCCAAUGAGUCAAACUUGUCUGAACAUGCACAAGAUAAUCCUGAAAUUAAUGUAUCAGUGAACCCUGCAAAUAACAAUAAUAUACAUGAUAAUGCAGAUAAUGAAAGUCAAAGUGACGAUGGCACACAGCAGGUGGUAGAUGUGAGGGCUACUCUAAAUUUGCUUAUGCGCUAUUCUCCAUUUUAUUUUCUACUUUUUAUCAAGUUUAUGUAUGACAGUAGAGAGGGACUGUUCACCUUCAUAAUAUUGUUUUGUACAUUUUCACAUAGCAACAGUCUUGUGAGAAGAGAACAUGGCAAGCAAAUGAAUCGGAACUUUGUGGCGUUAUUCAGUGAGCUAGUUUUCACUGUCAGCUGUAUUGUGAUUGUGCAUUUCUUAUUCGGCCAUGGGAUACUUUUGCCCAAUGUGGUAAUGUUCCCGAGCUAUGUUGACCCCAUCAAUGUAUGGGAGCUGCUGUGGCUAGUUGUGCUGACUGACUUAAUAGUGAAGAUAAUUACUGUAGACAUUAAAAUUAUGGUCACAAUGAUGCCUGCAUUUCUGCUGCCAUUCCAGAAGAGGGUAAUUAUUUAAAUAAAUUAUAUUUAUAUAUAUUAAAAUAAUUUCUUUGAUAUAAUUUCAAAACUAGUAAGCAAAUUGGAACUAAUAAUUCAUGUUGCUUUGGGAAAAUGUAGAAAAAUGACUAUUAAACCUACACACACACACACACACAAACGCACGCACGCAAGCACGCCAGCCUGCCCGUACGCACACGCACGCCAGCCUGCCCGUACGAGCACACACACGCACGCCUGCACGCACGCACGAACACACAGACACACACACAGUAGUGAAAUACCAUAAUAUCUAUAAAAAUUUCCAUUAAAACUUAUAGUAUAAGGUUUAAGUAACUGUUUUAUACUUAAAAUGUUCCUUUGUUUAUCUAAAAUGUCAAUGUCGUAAUAUUAUAAUAACACAUCGAUUAAUUCUGUUUCAGGGGAAAAUUUAUUUAUUUAUUGAAGCGGUGUCACAACUCUACCGUUCAUUACUCACCAUCCAACCGUGGAUAUUCUUUCUGAUGGAGUCCUAUGAAGGCUCAGAAAAGAUGGUGGGAAUGUUCUUGACAUCAAUCUACGUCAUUGCCAAAAUUGUAGAAAUAUUAGUGAGGUUAAGGCUGUUCAAAAACGCCACUUGGACAUUAUUACAAAGUGUGGUAAGUCUCAAUUAUGCAUUUUUAAGUAACCUACCAAUAUUCUUGCAUACUUUGAAGUCUAAUUUGAGAUCAAAAAUGUAAACAAACAAAGGUCAUUGCCACUGUGACAUCUUUGGUCAUCACGGGUUUGAAACAUUAAAAAAAUUGUAAUUGAAUUAUUGAUUAGACGUAUCAAACUUUUUAGAAUUUA